AACUGAAAGAAAACAUCAACAGCAAGAAUUAGAAAAGGAAAACAGAAACGACUUUAAAUUGUUGUCAGGACGUUCGAUUCUACAGACGGUCAUGGACUUAUACCUUUGAGACAUACUCGUUUCCCAUCAAGCAGCUAAAACUGAAGAAUGGGAGAAGGGGAUCCCAAUACGAUUACCGCAAGCGUUAACAGAAACUAGGUCAGGGAAACCCCCAUUCAACUGCGGUCGCGGCUUUAUCGCCUUGCCUGGCGUCGUAAAAAAAAACCCCCACAGCACUUAAGGUUCAGACAAAACUGCCGUUGUCGUUGGGAAUACCUUCCUAACUGUAGUUCCAAAAUAUAACUGCAAACGGUGAUUACUAUAAAAGGUUCUUAAAAGCUAUGCCAAUAUCAUUUAUUGAAUACCAUAGCCUGCAAAGCACUGUUCUAGACAUUGAACUGAAUUUUGACUUUAGGAACAGAAAUCCAGUAUAAAAUUUCAUAUAUUUUGUGUCGUUGCUACAAGAGUUGGAUAAACAAUGUUUUCGGUCUCCACAAAGUACGUCUCAUUAGCCAUCCUGGCUAUCUUCAGCGUAGUUGGGACCGCUCUGGCAAGUCCAGUGUCACAACCAACGAUCGACAACCCUUGUAGGAUAACAAGCUCUGCUCCUCCCGAGUAUCUGCCCUUGCAAGAAGAGAUUGCUCUCACAUUGAACGUGUUAGAGACUUUGAGAUCAAGCUGUGAGGAUGGUGUCACUACUAUGAAUACUGAAAAUCUGCUGACCAGUGAUGAAAUCGACAUGCUAAUGAAUAACCCAAUGUACAAUCUUCCUGGCCUACCCUUGGCCACAGCUACAAGAAACGUCAGUGAAGAAAAAAUGGCAAGCAUAUUGCUCGAGGACUACCACGAUGUGUCGGUGUUUACAGUUUUCGCCCAACAAGUCUACGAGGAGGAAGACGGAAAUGAAGUCCUGAAAGCUGACCUCCUGAAAGUCAAACAUUAUUUCUAUUCCACUUUGUGCAAGCUGGACACAAUCUUGGGUUCGAUCAACAGUCAUGUCUCAGAUUUUGUUAGUUGUGAUGUGAUGCCAGACUCGUUGAAAAAUAUCACAUCAGAUAAGUACAGAUACAUGCGGGCAUUCUUGUUGUUAAAUAGUGCCAUGAAACACAUUGAAGUUCUUCAUACAGAUUAUGAAUAACUGCCACAAAAUGUCUCCUCUGCUUAAAAUGCUUUAGACAUAGCGCGAAAGAAACAUCAAUGAUCAUUUUAAGAUAAAUACCUCUGGAGACCCACCGAUGACCGAAAUCUUUCUAUCUAUUUGUCGGUACUAUCAUAGAUUGUAGUAGUAUGUAUGUCUCACUUUCCAAGAUCUGAAUUUUAAUCUAAGUUUUAAAAAGUCUCCAAAUAUUUUUUAUGUCUUUUUAUUUGAGCAGUGUCUAUAUGUACAUAGUUUAUGUCCUUACAAAAGUGAAUGUCUAAUAAGUUUUAGAAUUUUUACGGGUAAAGACAGGGGCUUUUAAAAGUGAUAGACAGUCAUGUAAUAUAUUUAUGUUUAAUAUUUCUUUGUCUGAUCUAAUGGUAAUCACAAGAAAUGUACGAGUAUUGUAUUGUUUUUAAAUUAUAUAUGAAGUGAAACCUGCCUUUUUCCGUUUGUUGUAACCUGGUUGCUGGAACACUAAUCUUUAAUGUACCUAUCUUCUCUUUUUCAUCAUUUUAGUUUACUUCCUGGAUU